AUGUCCUGGUCCGGGUUCAAAAAAGGGGUGCAAAGAGCCACCAACCAAGUGCUAGUCAAAGACGCCGAUAAGGUGAAUGACCGAGGGUUUGAGGUGGAAGAACGUCGUUAUAAAGUGCUUGAAAAAGCCGGAAAGAAGAUGCAAUCAGAAUCCAAAGGGUACUUGGAUAGUUUGAGAGCCGUGAGUGCGUCGCAAGUGGCAAUGGGUGAGAUCAUUGCGACUUUUUAUGAAGAUGCCAAAACCAGUGCAUCCAUACAAUCUACUGGGGAUUAUUACAAUCAAUGUGUCAAGGAAUUGGACACCCAAGUUAGCACCUCGAUUGAUGAGCCAUUCAGAGAGGCGGUAUUUGACCCGAUCUCCAAGUUUUGCAACUAUUUUACCGAUGUCGAAGAGGCUUUGAAGAAAAGAUCGCAUAAAAAGACGGAUUACGAACAAAAUAAGGCCAAGGUCAGAAGAUUGGUGGAUAAGCCAGCAAAGGAUGUUUCUAAAUUGCCUAGAGCCGAGAAGGAAUUGCAGGCUGCCAAAGAUAUUUACGAGAACUUGAACACUCAAUUGAAGAAUGAAUUGCCAGAAUUGAUUUCUCUCAGAGUUCCGUACUUUGACGCGUCAUUCGAGGCAUUGGUCAAGAUUCAAUUGAUGUUCUGUACCGAGGGCUAUACCAGAUUGGCCCAAGUGCAAAAUUAUUUGGACCCUGCCAGCAGAGAGGAGUACGCCAAUGGGGUUUUGGACCAAAGAAUAGACCAGAUGUUGGGAGAGAUGUGGAAGUUGCAGAUUUGUGCAUUGGGAGCCAAAUGA